GUGUCUGGUCCGAGGAUUCGGAAUAAUGCAAGACCGGAAGAAGGCAGCGGGCAUCUUUGAGCAACUCGCCAACGAAGGCCACAGCGAUAGCCAGUUGUGGAUUGGAGAGUGCUACUGCUAUGGAGGGGGAGUCACCGAGGACUGGACCAAGUCGGUCGAGUGGUAUCGCAAGUCAGCCGAGCAAGGGAAUCGAUAUGGACAAGAUCGGCUCGGCAACUGCUACCAAUGGGGCUGGGGUGUCCUCAAGGACAUCGACAUCGCCGUCUUCUGGUACCGCAAAUCCGCUGACCAGGGCCACGAAGAUGCCAUCUUCUGGCUCAAACAACUCGGCAAGUGACCCUGAUCCCUUGAGUUCCACUCCCAAAGUAAUAAGCUACCACAUCCAACAUUCAACCAAAUUGCACCGCCGUCACCCAUCAGACACCAUGAUUCCAAAGUGUGGAUUAGGUUAGGUGUACUUGAUGAAGCAGCAAUGGCCGAGUGAUGUUGUAUUUGAUAUUCGAUACAUUCAAUACAUACAAUAUACAAUAGUGCUGUC